CCAGGUCCCAAGCCAAUAUCAAUGCACCAAUCCAAGUGGGUUUAAAUCACUAAAAAGCUAAAAAAGCGAAAAUUAAAAAAUUACUUCUCCAACUUCAGUCACUCACUGCUCCAAAAAUCAAUGGCGAGAACUAAGCAGAAACCUCGUCCCAGUCCCAGGACACGCACUCCACCAGCAAAUGAGGCUCUGGGAACGAAGAAAAGACUGUUUAAGCCUGGAACAGUAGCACUUCGUGAGAUUCGUAAAUUUCAAAAAACUGUUAAUUUACUUAUACCUUGUGCUCCAUUUGUAAGAUGUGUUAGACAGAUUACAAACCAAUUUUCAACCCAGGUCUCACGCUGGACGGCUGAAGCCUUACAAGCACUUCAGGAGGCAGCUGAGGACCAUCUGGUUCGUAUGUUUGAAUGUGGAAUGCUCUGUGCACUUCACGCAAGGCGUGUUACGCUUAUGAAAAAGGAUAUUGAGUUGACACGUAGGCUUACCGGAAUAGGAAGGCCUUGGUGAGAGCACAACUCCGACAGUUUUUUUUUUUUGUAAAGGGCAGUGAAAACCAUUGUUGCUAUGACAUGACAUUCUUCGAAGAAGCCAUUGCUACUUGUAUACCUGAAUUUGAAAUUUAAAUUAGGUACUAGGCUAACUCGCAUUUUGUCAAUAGUAAUGUUUGUAGGUGAAAAAUCUGUUGUAGAUGAACCAUCACUGUAGAAAAAUGGUUUACUACCGAGUCUGAUUGAGAAUUGAUGAGUAACUUGUAAUUUAAAUUGUAGACAGUGUAUUAUUUCAAGAUUAUUGUCGUUCAUAUA